GAGAAUCAGAUGCACCUAACUUACUUACAACUACAAGUUACACCGCGUCUCCCCUUUUCUCUCUCUCUCUCUAUAUUACCUCUUUAAUAAGAAGAAGACUUUUUACUUAAUAGAAAAUUCAGAGAAGAAGACGACGACGACGACGACUCACACAAGUCAUCAUCAUCAUACAGUUGUUGUAACACUCACCGGAGGAGAGAGCCACCAUGUGCGACGGAGACUGCCGCCCUCUCGGUUUCCUCUUAGGUCUUCCUUUCGCUUUCCUCUCUCUCCUUCUCUCCAUCGUCGGUGUCGUUAUCUGGAUCGUCGGAUUGUUGUUAUCAUGCAUAUGUCCUUGUUGCUUAUGUGUGACUGUGCUUGUUGAGAUCGCAAUUGGGUUGAUUAAAGCACCAAUUCAUGUUAUGGAGUGGUUCAUGUCCAAGAUCCCUUGUUGAUUUGAGAUCAUCUUCUUCAUUUAUGUACAUAACUUCUAUCUUAUUAUCAUUGGAUCUUGCUUUUUAUGUAAUUGUUAAAAAAUAAAUUCAGAUUUGUUGUUCAAUAAGAACAUGUAGUGUAGCUAUAUAUAUAUUCAUGGGAA